AUGAGGGCGCUUCAAAAGUACGAAGAAGCGGGUGUACAAGGACGGCAGGACCUUCGCAGGACGAAAAUAUACCGUGGGUAUGCGGCCAAGCCUGGGGGAAAAGAUGGAGAAGGGAGUGGUGGGGAAGCUGAUCUCAAGUCGAAAGGCGAGCCUACUGCCAGUACCCAGCCACACCCUGCCACAGCCAUGCUAAAGCUGGUCGAUCGGGGAUUGAGCGCGACCUUCUUGACGUAA